UGACAAAAAAGAGGUGGCAACACUGACAGCUGUCAGCUGAUGUUUACGUGUCAUAAUGACGUUCGAAAUCAACAAAUGAAGUUAAUUCCAUUAAUUUUUAUUAAAAAUAAUUUUGGCAUUCAAUAACCCAAUUAUGAAAAAAAUAUUACACCUUCAUAUUUUAAAAUAAGCAUGUCAUGGUUCGCGGAGCUCGCGGGGAAGGCGGAAAGUCUUCUGGUAAACUUUGAUGAGCAGACUGGGGCCGCUUUACGAAAUCAUAAUGGCCCGAAGCAACGUAAAAACGACAAAAAAGAUUUCUAUCUGCAAACAGAUCCUCCAUGGAUGCAAAAAAAGCGUCCUAUUCCCCGUGCCUGGAAAAAAGUCCCGCCUUCAACGGAAUCUAAGAAUAAUUUUCCUGUGGGAAGGUCCUCUCCUACCCGGCAAGCGUCCCAAAGUCCAUUAAGAAACAAUGAUAAUGCAAGGAGUGGAUCGCCAAAGCCAAAAAAAUUGUCAAAGAAAUCAAGUCCAUUAUAUACUUUGAAUAAUUGCCCAAAAACAAUGGUUGGUGAUAUGAAAGAUGAGUUUGGUAUGCAUUAUGGUUUAAGGCAAAGAAGAUCCAGUUUACCAACUGAUCUGGACAUGGUAAAUAAUGACGAAUGGGUAUACAAGAUACAAAAUUUGGAAAUUGAAAAUGUGAUGUUGAGAAAUGAACUCAAUGUACUCAAUCAAGAAGUUACAGAAUUGCUCAGCAGAUUGCGCAAAACUGAGGAUGGUAAUGAUGUAGACCAUGUAGUUAGUAGAGAAACAGAAUUGAACAAUGCACAAAAUAAAUUAGAAACUUCAAGCAUCCAGAAUGGCAGUAUUAAUGCGGAGAAUGAAACUUUAAAUUCUCAGUUGCAACAAUUAAAGCAAAAAAUAUAUGAUCUCACAAAUGUUGAGAUGAGCAAGUAUAAAGAGCAGAAUCAAAGCUUAGAAACUGAAAUUUGUUUGUUGAAAGACAAGAAUAAAGAGUUAGAAGAAAAAUUAGAAGAAGCAAUCACCAAGGCAAAGGAUAAUGAAGCAGCAAAAUUAAAACUGGAAACAGAAUUACGUCACGGCCAGUCGACUAUAAACGAACUUCAGAAUAAUCUAGAAAAAAGCAAAACGGAAUGUGUGAGGUUGGAAAAAGAAUGGGAAACUUAUAAAUUGAGAGUAAAGAGUAUGUUGCACACUAAAGAUAAUGAAAUAAAGGCACUGCAGGAUGGAUUGAACCUUAAUGAGGACACAAAUGUAUUGAUGGAACAACUGGAGGCUUUAAAAGAAGAGCGCGACAUGUUAUCCGAAGCGACGUCGCGCGUGCGCACCGAAUGUGACGAGAUGAAAUCCUACGUGUCGCAGUUGGAGGCGCGCCACAGCUCCGCCGAGCGCGUGGUGGCGGCGCUGAGGGACGCGCUGCGGGACGAGCGCGGCGCUCGCAACCGCGUCGAGGCGCAGUGCUCGGCCUUGAAUAAGGAAUUAAAAAACCUACAAAUGGAAACAGGACAGACUAUAGCGAGCCUUCGUACAGCCUUACGCGACAAGGACAGCGAGCUAAGUCACUUCAGAGAGUCUUCCACGUCGGUCCGCAGUACUGACACCAGCGCGCUCAACGUGGCCGACUAUGACGUCACGCGUGACGUAGACACGGAGAAAAUACAUGUACUGACGCAGACAUUGGUCCAAAAGCAGGGGAAGAUUGACUCGUUAUUGGCCGAUAAUAAUAUAUUGAGGAUACAGUUGGAAAAGUUAGAGACAAAAUAUAAAUCUGAAGUAGUAGCGUUACGCUCGAACGCUCACAGCGUGAUACAUUUGCAAGAUACGGAUUGUAGGGUCCGCCCCCGCAGCCACGUUCCGGAUUCGGCCCUGUCCGCCCUGUCGAUGAGGAUAGGCGUUAUGAUAAAACGAUAUCCUAUAUUCAGGCUUUUUAUAUUUAUUUACAUGAUGGGUUUACAUUUUUGGGUGCUCACCGUUUUGCUGUCAAGUACUCCAGAAGACCACGCCACGAGACCCACAAAGUCGUGAAUAUUCAGCUUUAAUACUAUAGUAGAACUGUACAGUGUAACACCAAAUUAUAUUAGUCAAGUAUUCUUUACUUUUAGUGGUCAGUCUAUGAUGGACGUAUUUAGGGAAUAUUUUUCUGUAUAAAAAGCCUGAAAAAUAAAAAUAAAAAGAAUUUUAGGGAAAAAAUAUCUGUAACAUUGCUUGUGUAAAUAUUAGGCCUGUAUUACUUCGUUUUUUAAUUUGGUAUUUGUAAUAAAAAAUAAUUUUCGUCCCCAACAUAAACCCUGAGUACGUCCCUGUAGUCUAAGUUUAUAUAAUAAAAUUUUUGUUGCCAAUAGUAAUAUUUUCAUAUUGGAUUUUAGUUCGCAUCGGCGCGCAAGAUUUUGAAGAUGAUUAUUUUUCUAUAUAAACGUAUUAUUGGUGCUAGUUAGAUGUAAAAGUAUAGAGAAAGUAAAUUGUGUUGUGUUAUUACGAAUCUCGUGAAUGUGAGAGAUUGGAAAUUAUUUCUUUAUUUAUCAAUUGUGUUAGCGCACAUUGGCCAUAUUAUGUACCUAUUCUUCCUUAAUGUAAUACAUUACCAUUGAAAUUAUUUUGUGAUUUAUCUACCCCAGCGAGAUUUGUGGGUUUAAUAAUGAAUAAAUGUUUAAUUUUCGAAUA